AUGGACACCGAAGAUGAAGAAGAGGUAAAAGAUUGCUUUUUAAAAAUGGCUGUUUCUUUGAUUUUUCGCUUUUAAAAAUUCACAAUUCUCCGGUAAGCUGACGAAUUUUUGAGUGGAACGAGCCUAAAGAACAAGAGGCCAAUUUUUUUUCUUUUAAAAAGUGUUUAGUUUUGUUUUUCUUAUUUAUCCAGGGGAAACGAAACCAGGUCAUUUACUUUCUUUUGAUAAAAUAAUAUAUAAAGUAAUAGUAUGUGGAAAUUACAAGUAAUUCCGACAAAAAACCGGUUUUCGCCUGUCUGGCGGUAUUUUGUACAUAAAAAUACAUUUUCUCCAAUUUUUCGUGAUUAUUCUAUUUCUGUUCGUAAAUUUCCUGAUUGAAUAAAAUCAAAGCACAAAAAACUGUGUAGAUUAGAAUCUGCAACGAGAUUUUUUGAUUCCAUUUUUUGAAACAAACAAUUUGUAGCUUUAUCUGAUUCUAUUCUUUCGUGGAAAAUUUCGUAAUUUUCUAGUUGAAUAAUGGCGAAAAAUUGGAUGUUUGAAAUGAAAAUGGUAGGAUUUUUUAGCUAAAAUUCGAAGUUUUGUCAUUUUCCAGCUGAAAAUUUGGCUGAAAAUUGCAUUUUUCAUAUGGAAACGUGAAAUUUGCGAUUUUCAGAUAAAUUUUCAGCUUGAAAAUGACAAAAGCUUAACCCGAAAUUUGAAAAACCAUUUUUGUCAUUUUCCAGCUGAAAAUUUGGCUGAAAAUUGCAUUUUUCAUAUGAAAACGUGAAAUUUGCGAUUUUCAGAUAAAUUUUCAGCUUGAAAAUGACAAAAGCUUAACCCGAAAUUUGAAAAACCAUUUUUGUCAUUUUCCAGCUGAAAAUUUGGCUGAAAAUUGCAUUUUUCAUAUGAAAACGUGAAAUUUGCGAUUUUCAGAUAAAUUUUCAGCUGGAAAAUGGCUAGAAUUCUUCAAAAAAAAAUCUGAAAUCUUCCCAUUCUCAUUUGCGGAAAUAAUCCCCCGAAUAAUUGAAAACACAUUUCAUUUCUUCGCUCUUAUUUUCCAUUUUCCUCAAUUUGUUUCCCACGAAACCGAGAAAAAAUGAAUUUUCAAUGUAUUAUUCAACCCAACAAACAACACGAAAAAAUAGAACUAAAAACUCCUUUUUUGUCUCCUUCUGACGAAGAAAAGUAAACAAAAACCAUGGAAAAAUAGCCGUUCGAGUGCGAAUUGCGCGAAAUUUCAUUAAUUUCCUCAUUUUUCCUGUUCGUAGUCGAGUUUUCCUGGUUUUUUUGGUGCCAAAUUCAACAUAAUUAUGACGUGGCAUUUAAAAAAUUCGUUUUGUCAUAUUCGCUCUGAAAAUUCGGCUGGAACUCGCGUUUUUUACCAAUUUUUUGAUAAAUAGGUGAAAUUUACGGUUUUCAGCCAAGUUUUCAGAUCGAAAAUGGCUGGGAUGCGGAAGCUAUGCCCAAAUUUUGAAUUUUUUUCACUCUGCCAACAUUUUUUUGCUGAAUCUGACCCUGAAAAAGUACACAGUGUUUUUUUGCACUUAAAUAAACAUAGACACAAAAAUUUUCAAGUGUUGCAAUUUAUCUUCUCAUUUUUUAAUAAAUGAAAAAAAGAACAGAUUUUUGUUAUUUUUAUUUUGAGAUAGAAAAAUUGGCCAAAUUUUUUUUAUUUUGUUACGAAUUUCCGUAAAUAUUUUUGUUUUUUUUUAGUUAGUUGAAAAAAAAAUGAAAAUUUGAAUGGAAUUCGCAUUUUUAACCUGAAAAGGUGAAAUUUGGGAUUUUCAGACAAAUUUUCAGCUUGAAAAUGGCUAAGAUGCGGAAGUUAUGCCCAAUUUUUCCAAAAUCCUUUAUUUUAUCAAAUUUAUAUCAAAAAUUCACUGAAAACGCUGCUGAAAUUCAGAAAGUUAUCUAAAAUUCGAGAUUUCCAGCCCAAAAGCCCUUCCAAGUCCCAUUCUGAAAUAUCUGAUAAAAAUCUGAAAACUGGAAUUUCCAUACACUGAAAAUUCCAGCAUUUUUUAUAUUUUUUUUGGAAUUUCAGCGAAGAUGCGGAAGCUAUGCCCAAAUUUUUCGAAAAAUCUUCAUUUUCCGCACAAAAUGGCACAUUUCUACUCAUCAAAAAUGAAAAAUGAGGUUUUAUGGGAGGUUACCUGAUCCAUCUGUCAGUUGUCCAUUUUCCCUCUCUUUUUUCCGUCUUUGUGUAGUUAUUUAUCCUCUUCCCGUUGGAUGCCAUUAUAUUUCUUAAUUUCUUGCCAGUGCAGGACCUCCAGCUGGUUAAAAUUUCGUUUUUUCGAGUUCCAAGGUCGAAAUUUCAAGGUUUUUGCAAAAAUCUGAGCAAAAUCCGACAUUUUUCAGCUGACUAAACAAUUUUUUCCUGUUUGUCAAAAAAAUUCUGCAAAAAAAAGAACUUUUUUUUUGGUAACCAAGGAAACUGAUUCAUCCCAUUUUUUGUUGUUGUUCUGAUAAGAAAAUCGUACAUUUUCUGAAUUUUUUAAAAAGAUUUUGGCGCGAAAAAUGAAGUCAGCUGAAAAUUUCUGGUUUUUUUCAUACUAGAAAGACGAAAAUUGGCUGCGUACCUAAUAUCUUUCUUAUAUAUUAAACGGUGUGUCUGUCCCGUUUGACCUACUUUUGUGCCCUAGAUUUAAUUUAAAUAAUUUGACGUGAAUCGUUUUGCUCAUUUCUGAUUUUUCAAAACGUUCGGAUUGCCGUAUUUGUUUUCCACACUAUUUUUUGAAAUGUAGCAAAGCAUGUGAGUUUAUUGAAAGAGGGUUCGCAUUCGUAAGAGUAAGACAAACUCUUGAAGUUAGAAGCUAAAGAAAUAAUAAUCAAAUGUAUUUUUUUUGUUCAAUUCACACAUUAGAUUAUUGGAAAGCUCCGAAUGUGAUAGACCUAGGAACUCGGGAAAAAUCCCGCAAGUGGUCGGCAAGGGUUGCCGGCUGGCCGCAAGUUUUGCUGCCGAAAAUAGUCAAAAAUCCCCAAAAAUUUUCGAGAGGCCCGCAAACGUUGCGGCAAAGGAAUACCCCCGCAAAGGCCCCGCAAUUUCAAAAUUAAUGCCGCAAGGCGUUUGCGGAAGCCGCUUCCCCCUCAAAAGCGGAGCAAUGGUAGCUGGCGAAAUACCCGCAACCAUUGCCUUUUUUUCGGCAAAACUUGCGGGAUUUUUCCCGAGAGGAUUCAAAAAACUUCAAAAAUGAACACUUUUGUUAUCAAAGGAUUUCGGGGAAUUUUAAAAUUAAGAUCCUACGAGGAUCUGAAGAUACGUUAAUCCAGAGGAUUACGGAAAAAUAGGUGCUAGGUAAAAAAGGGUUUUAGAAAAAAGAUUAAGGGUUCCAGAAAAAUUGGAUUUUGAAAAAAGAGGGAUUGCUCAGAGAUUCGCUGGCCAGCUCGCCACCAGAUCGCUGCGGCCACCUGGAAACCGCAUGGUCGCCUCGAGUUUUCCGGCGACGUGGCCUGUGUGUUUGAAAUUCUGGAAAGCUGGCAAGACAGUGAUUUGUACUCAAAACACUGCAUUUUCUACUGUUUUUUCACUUCCUAAGGUUUCAAGUGCUGCGAAAAAACAGAAAAUGAGCCAAAUUUUUCGAAAAUGCCUUAAUUCACAAGUUUUUCAGACAUUUUUAUGAAAAUUCAUUUUGACGCGGCGAAGUGGCCACCACAUGGUAGCCAUGUGGCCGUGACCUAGCCAGAGCCUGGCCACCUUGCCAGCGAAAAAAACCGGGCGACAUGGUUUCCAUGUGGUUCCCAGGUCAGUCAGCCUCCCCACCUGGUGGCGAGCUGGCCAGCGAAUCUCUGAGUGUGAAAAAACAGAGGGUGGAGAUUGGCAAGUUUUUCCCAAAAAUUCGAAUUUCGAAUAAAAUGGUUUUCAAUGUAGUUAUAAAAAUUAUAGAUUAUUUUUACUACUUUCAAGAAAAAUUCUUGGCUCUGCGCGGAAAAAGAGGGGUUUAGGAAAAAAAGAGGGGUUUUCAAAAAAGGAGGGGUUUUCAAAAACUUGGUUUUUAAAAAGCUUGAAACCAUAUUCAAAAGUUGGUUACAGAAGUAGCUUUUGUUCAGAAUUUUGAGCUUAAUCUGAUCCUUGCGCUCAAAUUUCAUGAAAAGUGAGAAUAUUCCAACAUUUGAGAGCAUGAAGUUCUCAAAACCCGUCUUUUUCGUCAAAACCCCUUUUUCUUUUGAAAACCCCUCUUAUUACUGAAAACCCCUCUUUCUUUUCUAAACCCCUCUUUUUUCCUAAAACCCUCUUUUUCCGUUUAGAGCCAAAUUCUUUUGUAUUUUUACAGUUCAAAACAUUCUCCGUUAUGAAACGUGUUUCAUAAAAAUUCCGCUCUGAAAUUUGUAAAAAAGACAAAUAAAUAUGAAUUUUUCGAAUUUUUGGCUCGGAAAAUUAGUUUCUAUGAACAAUUUUGCCGAAGGAAAGUUUACUGGCGGAGGUUCGUUAGACCAAACGAGCUUUAUUAGAGAAUAAUUGUAAAUAAAAAUACUAAAGAUGCAGAAGAUCUGAAGUUUCAUUAUCUGAGUUUUUGAAAAGUGAAUUGCCAAAGAAAAUGUGAUAAAAUUAGAUUGAAAUUAGAAAAUUAAAUUUGAUAGCCCAUGAAAAAACACUGCAAUAUGCUUUUUUUGAAAAGUUAAAUACAAAAAGGGUUAUAAAACUUUUGUAAAUAGGAGACCGAAGGCUGUAUGAUCAGGAAUGAUUUUUAUAGCAAAAUUGAAGUGGUUGCUGACAAGCGAUGUGUGUGUGAUAACACAAAAUUUAAUGAACAUGCUACAUUCAGAUCCUAAAACUACAUAAUGAAAUUGUAUAGGCAAGCUAGUUUUCCGCGCAAAAAAUUGCCAAAAGUGAGGGAUUUCGAAGUAAGAGAUUUCUGAAUGAGUUGUGUCCAGGAUAGUUUUUUUUUGAUGUUCCAUAGUUACUUUCGACGCGAUUGAUUAUUUUGUUCACAUAAAAUUUUUAAUUUUUCAUUUUGGAAAAGUUUCAUGAACGGACAGAGUUCAUUUUUCAAGAAAUAACCCUCGAUUUCACUAUACUAAUUUUAUGAGACUAUGAGAUUUCACUGUAGGAUACAAACUUCAGCACGCAGCCGAAGGCUGCGUAGCAACAAGAAUGAAGACCGGCGUUAGCCGGUCGUUUCAUUCUUGUAGUAUCUAAUAUAGUAUCUAAUAUAUUCUAGCCUUUGACGUGGCAUUUAAAAUAUCAUUUUUGUCAUUUUCAAGCUGAAAAUUUGUCUGUAAAUCGCAUUUUUGACCAAUCUCUGAUGAAUUGGUGAAAUUUGGGAUUUCCAGACAAAUUUUCAGCUUGAAUAUGGCUGGAACGCGGAAGCUAUGCCCAAAUUUUGAAUUUUCACCCGAAUUUAUUGUAAAAUCGCUCGUUUUCGCUGAAAAUUUCCCGAAUUUUCAGACAAAAAUGUAUUCUCGAAUGUCAAAUCGACCGUUCCACAGGCUUGUUCCACUCAAAUUGGUCAGGGGAAAUUUCUGAAAAUUUCAGAUUUUCAAAAAUAAAUUUGAUUUUUUCAGGCAAAUGGAAAAAUGGCGAUGACGAUGGAUGAUUCGAGCGGUGAUGAUUGUAUAGAUCGGUGAGAUUUUUAAAAAUCUGGAAUUUUCAAAAUUUUGUCUGAAAAUUCUGAAAAUUUGACAUAUUUUUAGCUAGAAUAUUGGAUUUUUGCUGGAAUUUUUUAUGAGCAAAAGUUUUUUUGUGAACCAGAUGUUUUAGCUGAAAUUUUGAUUAAGUUUGCUCUGAAAAAUUUUGAAAUUUCAAAUUUUCGCUCCUCCAAAAGAAUUACACAAAAAAUUAAUUUCUUUUGGUGGCAAAAUUUAAAAUUUUCCUCAAAAAGAAGUAUACAAAAAUUUCGGUUUUUUGCAAAGUUUAAAUUUUUAUUUUUGGUGCCAAAAUUUAAAAAUUUAAAAUUUUCCUCCAAAAGAACUACACGAAAAUUUCGGUUUUUUGGAAAAUUAAAAUUAAAAUUUUUAUUAUUGAUUCCAAAAUUUAAAAAUUCAAAAUUUUUCUCCAAAAGAAGUACACGAAAAUUUCAGUUUUUGCAAAAAAUAAAAAUUUAAAUUUUUAUUUUUGAAGCCAAAAUUUGAAAAAAUUCGAAAUCUUCCUCCAAAAGAAGUACACGAAAAUUUCGGGUUUUUCCACAGUUUAAAAAUUUAAAUUUUUCCUCCAAAAGAACUACACGAAAAAUUCGGUUUUUUCAAAAUUUAAAUUUUUAUUUUUGGUGUCAAAAUUUAAAAUUUUCCUCCAAAAGAAGUACACGAAAAUUUCGGUUUUUGCAAAAUUCAAAAAUUUGAAAUUUUAUUUUUGGUGCCAAAAUUUAAAAAUUUAAAAUUUUCCUCCAAAAGAACUACACGAAAAUAUCGGUUUUUUCCAAAAUUUAAUAAUUUAAAUUUUUAUUUUUCGUGCCAAACCCCUAUCUCCUCCAAAAGAAGUACACGAAUAUUUCGGUUUUUUUUUCAAAAUUUUAUUUUUCGCGCCAAAAUUCAAAAAAUUUAAAAUUUUCCUCCAAAAGAAGUACACAAAAGUCUAUUUUUGUGCCAGUCCCAAUAGUUCGUUCAUCUCCAAGUUGUUGUAAUAAUAAAAAAGUCGUCGCCAGACCUUUUUUUCCCCCCACAUUUUCUCUGCCCCUCUCAUUUCGCCACACUCUCUCGCCGCCCUUCUUUGACCCCUCGAUUUUUAUUUUAUUUUUUUUAUUAUAAACAAAAAAUUCUCUAUUUUUCACUUUCAAACAACACCACAAAAUGUUGCCUUUUUCUCUGUUUUUUCAGUUUUUUUUGCUGAAAAAACGGGUUAAAGUAAAUAAAUCGAAUUUUCUUCUUGUUUUCGUUGGAAAACACGAUUUUCGCGCUGAAAAUCUCGAAUUUCAGCACCAAAAAUCGUCAAAACAACACAUAUAUUUUUAGUUCCCAUGGUGAAAAAUCGUAAAAAAUUCCAACGCAACUUCGAUUUAUUUCUUUUUGAAAACCAGCCAAUUUCAUGGUUUUUCGUGGAAAAUUUGCUAUUUUCGCCGCGAAAAUGAGGAAUUUAGCUGCGUAUCUUUGGCUGAGUAUCAAAUGUGCCAAAAUUAUUGUGAUCUACCUAUUCACAUUCUUCAAAACAAAAAAUCACUUGUCAUUUUCGAGCUGAAAAUUUGUGUGAAAAUCGCAUUUUUGACCGAUUUCUCAAUGAAUUGGUGGAAUUUGGGAUUUUCAGCCAAAUUUUCAGCUCGAAAAUGGCUGAGAUGCGGAAGCUAUGCCCAAAUUUUGAAUUUUUGACCAACAUUUGAUACUCAGUCAAUCAAGAUACGCAGCCAAAUUUUUGUCAAACAUACGAGAUUUAUUAUGCUUUUUCUAAUCCCGAACCGCUUCCCUGCUGGGUUUUUGAGGAGAAGACGAAAAUAAUAAUAUUUGUAUGCAAAUUGUUCCAAUUUCCCCAUUCUCCUCCUCCUCUUUUUUUUUCAAUUUUCAUUGCAUUUCACGAAUUUUUAAUUUUUGUGGGUCUCGAGGGGAUUUUUUGCCGAAAAAUUGGAAGAAAUUCGAUCCGCUUUUUCGUUUUGUUUUCUUUUUUGACAAACUUUUUUUCCGAAAAUCGCUGGUUUUGCGACGAAAAUUUGGGAAAAAAUCGGGAAAUUUUGUAAAAAGCCUAUUCUGAAAUAUUUGAUAAAAAUCUGAAAACUGGAAUUUCCAUACAAAUAGUUUGUCUGAAAAUUCCAGAAUUUUUCAGAUUUUUAUUGGAAUUUCAGCGAAGAUGCGGAAGCUAUGCCCAAAUUUUGAAUUUCCAAAAAUUGCCGCCAAAAAUUACCCAAUUCCGUUUUCUCUCCAAAAUUACUGCAAUAAAUUUUUUCCCCAAAAAUUUUGCAAAAAAAAUAAAUUCGAAAAAAUAUUAUUUUCACGUGACCUUUACGUGACACGUACACAAAAAAUGAUUUUUUGUCAUUUUGAAUUUUUUUUUCAAAAAGAAAACGGUUUUUUAUUGAAAAGUGAGUUUUUGCCUCAAAAAUUGAUAGUUAGAUACUCAGGCAAGUACGCAGCCAAAUUCUAUACCAUUUUUUUCUCUCAACAAAAAAGAUCAAAAGAUCAAUUUUUCUCUCUUCCCCAACCAAACACAUAAAAAAAGAAGAUAGAAGAAAAAAAUCGAAAAUGUCAAUACAUUUUCUCCCUCGCCCUUUCGCCUGCCUUAUUGGCUCAGUGGCAGAGCGUCUGUCUAGUAAACAGAAGGUCGCUGGUUCGAUUCCAGCAUAAGGCACCGAUAUUUUUUGCAAUUUUUUUUGGGGGAGUUUUCGCAAGGGAAAUGUUUUCUUUAAAAACUGAAAAUUCAAGUUUUUGAGCUCAAAUUGAAUUUUCGAAGUUCUAGACUGAUUUGUGAUCCAAUUUUCAAAGCCUAAACUAUCAACUUGUAGAUUUUUGAACCUUUUCUCUCUCAAUGUCUGAAGGUUAAAUUAAUUAAUGAAAUGAAAUGUGAGAGAUGAGAUUUUGAAGUUAGAUAACGUAGAACAAUACAAUUUUCGUUUUUCAACUGGUAAAAUUUUGCUAUGAAAAUUCGCGAUUCUAACCUUCUAAUGGUGUCGGGAUCUUGCCACGUGGCAAUUUUUCGUUUUUUCGAUAACAAUUGUCAUUUUCGCUCUGAAAAUUUGGCUGGAAAUCGCAUUUUUGACCAAUUGUUUCAUAAAUUGGUGAAAUUUGGGAUUUUCAAGCAAAUUUUCAGAUCGAAAAUGGCAGAGAUGCGGAAGCUAUGCCCAAAUUUCGAUUUUCUCUCUGAAAAUCCCUCAUUUUGCCACAAUACCAAAACCCCCUUAAAAUUCCUGCGUCUCUCAAAUUUCCUAUACUAUCUCUCUGCCCCUUACUUCCUCCUAAUUAGGUGUAUCAUUUCUAAUUUUCUCUGCGUCUCUCAAUUUUCCACACUCUCUCCUUAUUUAGUAGAAGAAUGAAUGAAAGAAGAAAAAAGUGUGUAAAAAAAGAAAUAUAUAUAAAUUUUUCAUGUUUUUUCUCUUUCUCUAAGUCUCUAUCUCAUAUUGUAUUAUUAGAUUAAUUUUGCAUUGUUUUCAGGCUUUUAUGAGAGGCUGGAAAUUAGUUUUAUAUAUAUAAGAUAGCCUUAGGCUUAGUUAUUUUAUUUAGGCUAGACUUUAAAGCUGAAAAAUCGCCGAUUUUCGCGUGAAAAUCCGCGGAAUAUCGCAUUUUUGACCGAUUUGGUGAAAUUUGGGAGAUUCUCGCGGAUUUUGACGCGAAAUUGGCGGAGAUGCGGAAGCUAUGCCCAAAUUUUGAAUUUAAAGGUCCAGGGUUUGAGACGGGCUAGGUUUAGGCUUAUGGACUGGGUUAGGCUUAACAAUAUUUUUGUAUGCUUGGACUUCGGCUAAGUCUAUUUUAUAAGCCUAAUCUCAUUUUUCACAUUUCCUCCUCUAAUUUCAGCCAAUUUUCCUCAGAAAUUCUGGAAUUUUUGAAAUUCCUCUUUAAAAAUAAACCGGAAUCCCUUCUUCCUCUUCUUCAUUUUUCUCACUCUAUUACAUAAGAAGAAUAAUAAUGUAUUGUUGUACUUAAAAAAAACAUCACUUUCUAUUUUUUUUUGCUGUUGUCAAUUUUUUCCGGUUUUUUCUAUUUGAAAAAUAGAAAAAAUGCGGAAAAAAACCUCAAAAAACGCAUAAAAUUUGAUGAGGUGUGAGAAAUAUGGGUUUUGCCGAUUUUUGCGCCAAAAAUUGUGUGGGAAAUCGCAUUUUUGGGAGAUUCUCGCGGAUUUUUGACGCGAAAUUGGCAGAGAUGCGGAAGCUAUGCCCAAAUUUUGAAUUUUUAUCGAAAAAUCAUGAAAUUUUGACUAGAAAAAUCUGAAAAUUGUGUAAAAUUCGAGAUUUCUGGAUCAAAAGCCUUGAACCUCUUUCAAGUCCUAUUCUGAAAUAUCUGAUAAAAAUCUGAAAACUGGAAUUUCCAAACAAAUCGUUUGUCUGAAAAUUCCCAGCAUUUUUCAGAUUUUUAUUGGAAUUUCAGCGGAUAUGCGGAAGCUAUGCCCAAAUUUUCAUUUUUUUUAAAUUUCAUUAAAAACUUUCUGAAUUUUUUGCCAAAAUUCUUUGAAAAACCCGUGAUUUAUCAAAUUUUCUCAUUUCCUUCUCAAAAAAUCAUGAACUUAUUUAAAAUUCACCGAAAACACCAAUUUUUCACUCAAAAUUGCUUUAAAAAUCGGUUUUUACCUAAAUUCAUCAAAUUUCUCAAUUUUCUACUCAAAAUUACUCUAAACCCCUUUAUUUUCCUUCCGAAUUUACCCUAACUCCUUUUUUUUCAGGUGUGAAGAAGAGUGUGGUUCGGAGGCGUGGCGAAUUGCGUGUUGUUCACGUGUUGGACGAAUUUGUAUAAUGACGAUUUUUGUGAUAUUUAUGUAUUUAUUGCUAUCAGGUAAGGGUUUUUGGGUGAAAAAUCGGGAUUUUUUGGGACUCGAAACCUAGAAAUCAGAAUUUGGGACCAAAUUUGAUGAAUUUUGAGAUUUUUCUUGUCGAUUUUGGACCUGAAAACCUGGAGAUUCAAUAAUCAGCCUUCAAGACCCAGAAAAUCAUCAUUUUCAUGUUUUUCUAGGUCCUGAAGCGAAAGUUGCAUCGUUAUGAGAAAAAUAUAAAACUAGACAGAAUUUCCAAGCUUUUCAAAGUAAUCCAAGAUAUUUUUAUAAUAAAUUUUGGUUUACAUUUCAAGCCUGAAAAAAUUUUGAAAUUUUCAUAUUAUUUCAGUCAAUUUUCAGCCCGAAAAACUGUACAGGGCGUGCUUCGCAAGCCCUGUUAAUAUACCUAAUUCCAGCCAAAAAAUCUGAAAUUUUACAGCAUUUUCCAAAAGGUUUUGCUGAUUUUUCGUAAAAUAAAAAAUUUUUAAAUUUUGAUGAAUCUCGAAAAAAGCAAAAUAGGGUUCUCGAAGCUCAUUUUCAUCAGAAAUUACUCCAGAAGCUUAAAAAAUAUUGAUUUUCCAUCAUUUUUGGCUGAAAAACUCGAAAAACUAAUUUUGACCUGCAAUGUUUUUUCGACAUUUUUUGACUUUUCGUGAAAAAAAACUUUUUUUUUUACAAAUUUUGAAAUUUUUCCGAUAAUUUCAAUCAAUUUUCAGCCCCAAAAAAGCUUUUUGGCUUUCACAUUUCGAGCCUGAAAACUAUAAAAAUCAGCCCAAAAAAUCUAGAAUUCUGUUUCUGAAAAUAAUUGGCUCAAAAAGGUUUAAUUUUUUUUUGGGUUUUCAAGCUCCGAAAAUCUUUUUUUUUACAAAUUUUGAAAUUUUUCCGAUAAUUUCAGUCAAUUUUCAGCCCCAAAAACUGUACAGGGCCCUGUUCUUAUACCUAAUUCCAGCCAAAAAAUCCGAAAUUUUACAGCCCUGCAAUUUUCCGAACCGGCAAAAUUAGGCGGCGAGCCAGAAGUGAGACAGGGUAUCAAUUUGACAAGAGCUCAAGAAGUGCUCGAAUCCCUCUGCGAUGCAUAUGAUCAAGGAAAAGUAUCGGGUGAUUCGUGUAAUCGAUUGUGUUUUUCAAGAAAAUGGACAAUUACUGAUUAUUAUGAGGGAAAUAAGGUGAAAAUGGCUGAAAAUUCAUGAUUUUUGGAGCAUUUUGAGCUGAAAAUCAGAAUUUUUGACCCAAAAUUACCCCUCUUCUUUCAGAUCGCCGUGAUAAUAAAAGAUGGUGGCCAAAACGCCGUGUACAAAUCAUCCAAGCCAUUCUUCUCACAAUUUCCCCAACCCGAUUUCUCAAUGUCGAACGACGAUUUUUCCAAUAAAGUUGUCGAUUUGAUUAAUGAUGAAUUGCGAUUGGGAUGGCCGAAACAUUAUAGAAGACAUUUGAUGGAAACAUUGUGGCCGACAUUGUUGAGGUGAGUGAAUUUGGAGCAUUUUGAGCUGAAAUUCAGCCAGGGAGGAGCAUUUUGAGCCCGAAUAUGACAAAUUUUGGAUGAUUUUGAAAUUUCGGCUGAAUAUUAGGUUUCCAGACCAUCUGGAUCUGCUUAGUUAGCCUAAAUCAUGAUUUUGGACACCCAUAUUGCUUAGGAAAUUUUUGAUUUUGAAAAUUAUUUAUGCUGAAAAUUUCAGAUCUCAUCCUAAGUUCAUUUUUAGAUUUCAAGACGACCUGGAUUUUCUAAGUUAGCCUAAAUCACGAUUUUUGACAUCCAUACCGCUUGGGGAAUUUUUGAUUUUGAAAAUUAUCUAUGCUGAAAUUUUCAGAUCUCAUCCUGAAUUGAUUUUCAGGUCAUUCUGAUUUAAUGUUCAGGUUUCUAGAUCACCUGGAUUUUCUUAGUUAGCCUAAAUCACGAUUUUUGACACUCAUAUUGCUCAGGUCAUCGGGAAUUUUGAAUUUUAGCUUAGCUGAAAUUUUCAGAUCUCAUCUUGAAUUAAUUUUUAGAUUUCAAGACCACCUGGAUUUUCUAAGUUAGGCUAAAUCAUGAUUUUUGACUCCCAUAUUGCUCAGGUCAUCGGGAAUUUUGAAUUUCAGCUUUCAUUAGGGGGGGGGGCUGAAAUUUUCAGAACUUAUCCUAAGUUCAUCUUUAGGUUUGACAAGGGAACCUCUUCAGCUCGCGGUCGAGUUUUGAGCUGAAAAUUUUUUUGGGGGUACUUUGAGAUGUUCUAAUGGCCAUAUAAAAAAUUCAGCUGCUGAACUCCACUCUGAGCACAAGAAAGUGAGCUCCGAAGUUUGAGCAUUUUCAAGGGCGCACGCGCCAGUUUUAUUCUCUUUGAAAUUUCAACUGCAGAAAAAAUAACUAGCAAAGCGCAGCAGGUUAGCGGAUAGCCCCUUGAGGCAACGCUGUGGGGUUCGACUCCUGCUCCUUUCAACAUUUUUUAAUUUUUUUUUUCUUUUUCAAGAAAAUGACUUUGGAGUACUGUAACUUGUUUAAAAAUCGAUUUUUUGAAAAUCUGAUCAUAAGGGGUUGUUCUAGAGGGUCAAUUAUAUGGAAAAAUGAGUUCAUAUAAUUUUUCGGAAAAAUGCAUUUUUCUUAAAAUUCAUGGUCAUCUGGAUGGAUGAAAAUUUUCGAAAAAAAAUUUUUUUUGAAAUAAGUUCAGUUUUUAUAAAAUUGAUCAUCCUGAACAACUCUGUGAAAUCCGAUUUCUAUAAAAACGGUUUCUACGAAAGUUAUCGCUUGCGAAGUUUUUUUCUCCAGAACGAAGAUAGGAUAAUCGGGAGUUUUUCUCGAAUUUGACUGGUUUGGAAUGUUGUAAAUUGAAUAUUUUGAAGUUUCUAUCAAAAAAUGAUUUUCUAAAUUAGAAAUGUUGGUAAAUCAUUAUCUUUUCUCCCACGAUUUCAAUUGCAAUUGCCCGACAAGUGAACCUUAUAAUUUGGGAAUAUGAAUUCAAAUUUAUCAUAAGUUUUGAGAGCUGUUGGUAUAAUUUAACAUUUAAAGUUUCCAAUAGGGCUUGUUCUCAUUAACUUUUGAGAAAUUGGAUGAAAAGGACGAAAUUCUAGAGAAUGGCAACAUAAUUCUUCUCUUCGACCAUUAACUUUUCGUAGAAACGGUUUUUAUGGAAAUCGGAUUUCACAGAGUUGUUCAGGAUGAUCAAUUUUAUAAAAACUGAACUUAUUUCAAAAAAAAUUUUUUUUCGAAAAUUUUCAUCCAUCCAGAUGACCAUGAAUUUUGAAGAAAAAUGCAUUUUUCCGAAAAAUUAUAUGAACUCAUUUUUCCAUAUAAUUGACCCUCUAGAACAACCCCUUAUGAUCAGAUUUUCAAAAAAUCGAUUUUUAAACAAGUUACAGUACUCCAAAGUCAUUUUCUUGAAAAAGAAAAAAAAAUUAAAAAAUGUUGAAAGGAGCAGGAGUCGAACCCCACAGCGUUGCCUCAAGGGGCUAUCCGCUAACCUGCUGCGCUUUGCUAGUUAUUUUUUCUGCAGUUGAAAUUUCAAAGAGAAUAAAACUGGCGCGUGCGCCCUUGAAAAUGCUCAAACUUCGGAGCUCACUUUCUUGUGCUCAGAGUGGAGUUCAGCAGCUGAAUUUUUUAUAUGGUCAUUAGAACAUCUCAAAAUACCUCCAAAAAAUUUUUCAGCUCAAAACUCGACCGCGAGCUGAAGAGGUUCCCUUGUGAGAUUAAUAUUAAAAUUUGAGCGUAAAUUCAGAAAAAUCGAUUUUUCACUAAUUUUGUUCAAUAUUUCAGCCUGUAGUUAAUUUCAGCUCAAUUUUUCUGAAAUUUUCAGAUUUUUCAGUCAAAACUUCAAUUUUCAGCUCAAAUUUCAAGCUAAAACCCAUUUUUUCCAAAAAACUCGAAUUCUAGCUCAAUUUUUCUCAAAAUUUCAUAUUUUCCAGUCAAAAAUUGAUUUUUAGCUUAAAUUUUGAGCGUAAAUUCCCAAAAAAUUCUUCAAUUUUUCACCAAAAUCUCAAUUUUCAGAACAAAAGGCGAAGAAAUGUCUCGAGCCGAUCGUCAUUCCUUAUAUUCCCUAAUUUCUCAACCCGAAUUCAUAUUAUUCCGAGUUUUGCCACUAACCAGAGUCACUCCAAAAAUCAUUGGAACUUGUGGACAUUUAUAUCAAACUGAAAGUUUGGUCGCCUUCCGAAUGAAAGGAUAUUAUACGAAUUUGAAGGCGAAAAUAUUGGUGCAUUUAAUGGGAACACUCAAAUUGUUGUAUGAGUUUUUGGACGAACCGCUGCAAUGGUGUGAUGUUCGAUUUGAUAAUUUGGGAUUGUCGGCGGAUUAUCCGAAAAGGUGAGAGUUUUUUCAUGAAAUUUGAGCUCAAAAACUCGAAAAUUGGUCAAAAUUAAGACCUAGAAGCUUGAAAAGAGCAUUUUUAUGCAAAUUGAGCUCAAAAACUCGAAAAUUGUUGAUUUACCACUCCUAAAUGAUUCUGAAUUAGGCUAAAUUAUGUUCUGCUCAAAAAAUUGCUCGAAAUGACCAUUUUAUGCUGUUUUUCAUGAAAUUUGAGCUCGAAAACUCGAAAAUUGGUCAAAAUUAAGACCUAGAAGCUUGAAAAGAGCAUUUUUAUGCAAUUUGAGCUCGAAAACUUGAAAAAUGAUCAAAAUUAAGAGUAGAAGCUUGAAUUUUUUGAAAAAAACUCGAAAAUUAGUGAUUUACCCCAAAAUGAUUCUGAAUUAGACUAAGUUAGGUUUUGUGCUCAAAAAAAUGCUCGAAAUGACCAUUUUAUGCUGUUUUUCAUGAAAUUUGAGCUCGAAAACUCGAAAAUUGGUCAAAAUUAAGACCUAGAAGCUUGAAAAGAGCAUUUUUAUGCAAUUUGAGCUCGAAAACUUGAAAAAUGAUCAAAAUUAAGAGUAGAAGCUUGAAUUUUUUGAAAAAAACUCGAAAAUUAGUGAUUUACCCCAAAAUGAUUCUGAAUUAGACUAAGUUAGGUUUUGUUCUCAAAAAUGCUCGUAAUGAGCAUUUUUAGCUUGAAAACCUAAAAUUUGGUCAAAAUUGAUAAUAGAAGCGUGGAUUUUUGAAUUUUAAAUAAAAUCUCAUUUUUUCUCUGAUUUUUUACCCCAAAAUCCAAUUUUUCAUGAAAAAAAAUCAGCAGGCAUCGGGAUUUGAACCACACCUGACGAGACGUGUCCAAAAUGGACACUGUACAUUUUUUUCAAAAGUCACACUGCAUUUUUUUCGAAAAAAAACUUUGUUUCCUUUUCAUCAACAUUUAACUUGGGGAAAUAAAUGCAAAUUUAGUUCAGUGGUAGGCCAUUUUGCUAGUGUUCAGAAGGCCCAGGUUCGAAUCUUCAUUCGAGCUAACUUUUUUUUUAUUUUUUCCCAACUUCAAAAUCAACUUCAGAUUGCGAAUUUUUCGAAGUUUCUCGGUGAAAAUCAACUCAGCAGACUUUGUUUUAGUGUGGUAACAUAAUGUGCAGUGUGGAAUUUACGUGACUGCUUAGCAAACCAUAGUGUCACUGAAAUUUCAAAAAAAUUGACUUUCUAUGAAAAAACUUCAAAUUCCACACUGCACAUGGGUAAAUUCAAAAACUACGCUUAAAAAUACACCAACUUUCUGAAUAUACCAACCCUUGAUAUGUGCUCGAAAAAAAAUGCCGUCCGAUUCUUUGUAAUGUCCAUAUUUACCAUCAAAAUGGACACUUCAAAAUAACAGCGAAAUAGGGCAUUUCCACACUGCACUCAUGGUGUUCCACACUGCCUAUGACCUUAGCAAUCUAUUGGAAAAAAAUCAACUAUAUCCGUUAAGCCUAAGCUUAGUUAUCCUAACUUCAAAUUUUGAGCAACGUUGCAACGCAUUCGUUUGAAAACAGUUUCCUUUCCACCAACAUUUUCCCCUCGGGAGAAAAAAGAGAUGUGGCCGAGAGGAUAGCAUUUUAGACUGGCGAGCAUGAGACCAGGGUUCGAAUCCUCUUGCCCGCGGACUUUUUUUUUUCAAAAACUUGAAAAUUUCACGCUGCACAUUUUUUUUUUUGAAAAAAAUUUUCACACUGCACAAAAAAUUUGGGACACUCUCUCGUCAGGUGUGAUUUGAACCCGUGACCUUCUGAUUGAAAAUUUAUCGAAAAUUCCAAAAAUUUUCUCAAAUUUUAUCAAAAUUUUGGGCUUUUCGUGAAUUUCGACAAUUUUUGCAGAUUUGUUCUGAUGGACGGCGAUAUGGUUUAUACUCGCUCCAAAUUGAAUUCACUUCUCGAAGGUCGACCAUGUCAAAAUGAUGAAGAUUGUCGAAUUGGCGAUUGUACAUCAAGAUGUACUGCAAAUUUGACAUGUUCACAAAGAUCGAAUGGAAAUUUGGAGGUUUGUGGGAGUGAAUUUGAGUUAGACGAACUCUGAAGUUUUUUUCAAAAGUCAAAAUUUCCCAAGCAAUAUGGGUGUCUAAAAUCGUGAUUUGAGCUAACUAAAAAGAUCCAGAUGAUCUUGAAGCCUAGAAAAUCCCCUUCAGCCAAGAUCUGAAAAUUCUAGAGCUUCAGAUAGGCUUUGAAGAAAAGAAUUUUCCUAAAACCAGUCAUAUUUGAUCUCAAAAUGCUCCAAAAUUUCCAGGUUUUCUGCGAAAAACUCGUCAACAAACUAUUCAACAACAAUUGGUCGAAAAACAACAAAUACCUAACAGCAUGCCGUGACACUGGCCGAAAUAUCACACAAAGGCUCAAUGAGCUACGACUAGCCUGGUCCUGGAAUUUGUCCGAUGUUUAG